AUGGAAAAAGCGACUCAGCCUUAUCUCUUUGCCCUCGGCCCUCGAAUCCCCCAUGGGUUGCCGCCGCAAGACCGUACCAGCCCUCCGGACGAUAGCAGCGCCCUUGGAUCCAUUCCCACCGAACACGGACAGCACCUGGCUUUCUGGCCCUGGCGUGGACCUGUGGCGGGCUGGGAUUUGCGGGUACGGCUGGCACUGAUGGAGGCCUACCUGAAUGCCACCGACGCUCCAAGGGGACAUCACGAAGUCGGCCACGCCGGAGUUAUCCGUGGCAUCUGGAGCGACAACUCCACCGACGAGGAGCCCUACCCGACCGGCGACACUUUUGCUGCUACGUUCGGCGACGUGCUGGCCAAUCCUGGCAUUCAGGCGAGCUACAGCGGCUCAGGAAGGUCGGCCGCUUCAGCCUUUGUCCCAUUAGGACCCCUGCGCGUGCUCAUCCUGGCCUCGACGGAGAGCGACUGCGAGAUGCUGCAGAGCGUGGGCGAGGGCAUGCUGUUCCAGGAGGAUCACUCCCUGGCAUCAGCCGACCUGUGCCGCUGGAUCAUCGACUUCAAGGAGGACCAGCUCGGCGACCAGGUUGGCAUCGGCAGCUACGGCGCCGUGUACAAGGGCAGGCGAAAGGGCGUGGCGCUGGCGGUAAAGAAGUUCAUCAAGCAGAAGCUCGCCCAGCUGCGCAUGCCGCCGAGAUGGCCUUCCUCUCCGAGCUCACCCCAAUAUCGUGAUCGUGCGUCUGAAGCCGUCGAACCUGCUGGACGAGAACUGGAACGUGAAGGUGCCGACUUUGGCUUCGCGAGCUUCAAGGAGGAGAACGACGGGAUCGACAACGAGCUGUUGGCCUACCUUGAGCAAACCAUAUCAAAAUGA